AUAACUUCAACCCUCUGUGAACUGGGGUACUCAAUGCGAAGUCCGAGUAAGAGAAGACAUGUCAUCUUUAUGCAGUGAACACGUGACAUGGUUAGCCAUCUUGUUGUUUGUAGUUGUGGUCCAAGGUCAAGACACAUCUUCAAAUCCCACAGACAAGAAAUGGAUGGAAGCCUGCCAAAAAAGUCCAGAAUUCAAGAUAGAAAAAAACGCAGCUGUUAGAAUGUGUCUUUUUUGGUCUAAAGAUACCACGACUUUUGCCGGCGCAAAAGCAUCUUGUAGAGCCAAAGGUGCAAGGCUUGGAGUCUUCAAAGGAGAAGCCAAGAUGGAGAUUCUGUUCAGACAACGAAAGAUAUGGUACAGAAACAUUUGGAUAGGUUUAGAUGACCAGAACAUAGAGGGCGUUUUUGUUUGGCAUGAUGGGACAACUCUUGACCCCAUGGACUACUACCCUCUUUAUUUUAACAGACCCAACCCAAACAAUCACAAGAAUAUGCAGCACUGUGUCUAUCUCUGGACAGAAGGGAACAAGCUGGAUGACGGUCUCUGUGGGAUCAGAUGUUACUAUGUGUGUGAGAAGGUUAUCACGUGAUCUGUUGGUAACAUCGAGAAAUCAAAAUUAAAAAUCAAACUGUAUCUAAAA